AUGUUUCUGUUCUCAUCGCAGCAGAAAAGCGUGAGCAGCAAUUGCUGUUGGUGUUCUUUUUCUUCUUUCGAUGAUAAAAAAUUAACGACUUUGAACAACAGUUUUUGCCAACGAGGACGACGAGGACGACGAGGAAGAGCAUCAGAGGCGACAAAAACGAGCAGAAGUAAUCAUCGAAGAGCGGUGACUGUUUCGUCGUCGUCGUCGGAGUCGCCAUCAUCGUACGUCACGAAAGAAGAGCUGGAUGAAAUCGCCCGACUUAAAGGGUUACAGUUAUCCACGGAAACGGUUGGACCGUUUUUCAAGAUAACCGCGAGGAGGAAAAUCGAAGAUAAAAGAAUAGAAGUCGUCAACGCGGACGGGGAAGUUUUGGAAAAGGAGAGCGAAGACAUGUCCGUCAUAGCCACGCACGACGGUUUCAUAGCCCCGUUUCCGUUUCGAAUCUUACAUUUGGAUACCAUGCGGGUGUAUAAUUCGCGAAUAAACUCGCAGUGUACCGAGGAAGAGAGAAAAAUGUUAAAGUCGACGUUCGGCGUGAGCAUCUUGCUCGGGUGCGAAAGCUUACGGUUAGGUAGAGAUGCAGGGUGCACGAAAGCUGAGUUGUUAUCCAUCGACGACGGGAACGAAUACGCGCCAAAGUUGGUGAAAUAUUACGAACGCUUAGGAUUUAAAAUCGUUCGAAAAGUAGGCGACGGGUUAAACACGGAUUUGACCGAUAUGCUCGUCUGGGGCGGGAAAGGCACGCGGAUGAACGGCGACGUAAACGAGCUCCUGGAGAAAUGGUCCAACGUUUUGCGUAAAACGUCGAAGAGAAAUGAAGAGAAAUGA